CUUUGGUACGUACGGAUUCUAUUGCGAGAAGGAUUAUGCAAGUUUCGAACUGAUGAACCAGUGAUGAUUAUCUGGUGCUGCAAUUAGACAUACCCCUUCUCGUAUCUACAACAAUACGAUUACUUUAUUCUAUCGCAAACAUCAACGCCACUACCACUUCCCGAGUGUAUCAUAAACAUCUCCCACCACAUCUUAUCCGUUAUUAGCGUGCGGCAGUAUCUUAUCGUUCUACAGCACGAUCACUUGACUGAUCUGCUAGAGCGACGUCCGUACGGUAAGAGUGUGAUCUCCCCGUUGUGUUAAAACGUCGUCUCAAAAUUAGUAGAGAUGCCACGGGAAGAGUUUAACAUUGCAACGAAUGAUUCUGCAGAAGGUUCCUACACUUCGCAACAGUGGAGAAGUCAAAUGCACGACACUACCAGGGAUCCCGAAAGUGUGGAUAAAAGCUUUACAAGACGAAAAGUAGGCUGCGGAUAUAGUGUGCUGUGUGUCUGUACGCUACUGUUAAUUGUAUUUGGCAUCGUGCUCCUGUGCAUCGGCUUUAUAGUGGUGUACGAAAACGAAGGUCAAGUCGUAGCUACGGUUGAUCUAUUUGCCGACGAGUUACCUCCAGAACAAGCCAUUUGGUUUGAAUCGAAUCUGGCCGAGCUGCGCAAUGCAUUUCGUGUGGUGGAGGAGAAUAAGAAACGGGCGAGAAAUGUCAUCCUGUUCGUAGCGCUGGAUAGUGUCGACUCCUCCUAUGCCGACACCAGACCCAUCUGGGAAUCGUUUCCACAUCUUGCCCUGCUUCGUCCAACGAUGCAGGAGCAGCGGACACCGCGUGCGUCAUUUAAUCCGACCUCCAUGUUCUGCGGCAUUGAAACCCAUUCGCACACUAUCGGGUUUGAUUCGGCCGUCAAACCUUGGGAAGAAUGCGUCAGCGCACCGAACAGCACGCAUCAUGCCGCUUCGAUCUUGCAAUGGGCUCAAACGGUUGGCCGUCGUACGGGGGUGGUAACGAAUGGUGAGAUUGUUCAACCGUUCCCAGCAGCAUUGUAUGCGCACGCAGCUAAUGCUAGCUGGCUGCACAGUAGCCCAGAUCCAUUGCUAUGUCCAGAUGUGCGAUCGCAGCUACUUCAUGGGGAGACUGGCAAACAGCUGAAUGUUAUUGCCGGUACGCUAAACUGUCCCGAUGAGUUUUGCCGGGAAGCGUUCGAGUCCGAAUGGGUGAACCAUCGUUCGGUGGAUCAAUCGACGUACAAACUCUCGAAGGAUAUGGGCGAUCUGUUAGAUCCCAAGCUGGAUGAUGUGGACUAUGCGCUUGGAUUGUAUGAUAAGCAAUCGUUGGCAGAGCCAGCUGCGUUUUACGAUCUAAUUGUGGGCGCUUUGACUGUGCUGAAAAGUCCCGAAGGAUUUCUGCUCGUUGCCAUCGCUGAUCCGAAAGUUCAAGCAUCUGUAAGCGAAAUUGACGCCGCCGUAAGAGCAACUCUACAGAAGCUCAGUGGCGUUCUGGAUGAUAGUUUAAUCGUCGUAGUACGUUCCGAUGCCAGAGACGUUGGUUCCUCGUUCGCAACAGUACAUGCAAUUGGACCGAUGUCCCACCUGUUGCAUCGAGUGCACAAUCAAACAUUCUUGACUCACUUCAUCUCGUACGCAGCUCGCAUUGGGCGUUUCAGGGAUGCCGACCUAACGAAUCUGAUUCUACAAAUAAUAUAAAACGUUUAAGCUAGCUAUUAAAUGAUGCUGAUAUCCGUUAGAUCUAACGCACAUAACAUUAGGUUCUUGUGCAGUAAUAGGGUACGGAAAUGUAUUUAAUUUUACGUCAAAUAAUAAAGCAGUUUUAAUGUUUAAUA